CAGCUCAGCUGAGACAUUUAAGCUUUCAGGAUCUCUGACACCUGAAAAAUUUGCAACAGAAAAGCAGCUAACAUGGGGGCUGCCCAGAGCUUCAGGGAUAUGUGCGACCGCACGAAGAAUACUAAUGUUCGCUUCAGUUUGCCUGCAGUGUGUGUGGUGUGGCAAACGGCCAUGAUCAUUCUGUUUGGGAUUUUUAUUCGAUAUAAUGAAGAAUCAGACCCACACUGGAUUGAGCACAAAAAACUCAAGAAUAUAUCAAGUGACAUAGAGAAUGACUUCUACUUCAGAUAUCCAAGUUUCCAAGACGUACACGUGAUGAUAUUUGUAGGGUUUGGGUUCCUGAUGACGUUUUUGAAGCGUUACAGCUUCGGUGGAGUGGGUUUCAACUUCCUGAUUGCCGCCUUCGGCCUCCAGUGGGCGCUGCUGAUGCAGGGCUGGUUCCACUCCUUGGACUACACUGAUGGGAAGAUCAAAAUUGGGAUUGAAAACCUUAUCAAUGCAGAUUUCUGUGUAGCCGGCUGCCUGAUCGCAUAUGGAGCUCUGCUGGGAAAGGUCAGCCCGGUCCAGCUGAUGGUUUUGACUCUGUUUGGAAUAACACUUUUUGCUGUAGAGGAAUACAUCAUCUUGAAUCUCAUCCAUGCCAGGGAUGCUGGGGGCUCCAUGGUGAUCCACACUUUUGGAGCUUACUAUGGACUUUCCAUUUCAUGGAUGCUCUAUCGGCCUAACCUGGACCAGAGCUCACGCUUACAAGGCUCCGUGUAUCAUUCAGAUGUCUUUGCUACGAUUGGUACCCUCUUCUUGUGGAUGUUCUGGCCCAGCUUCAACUCAGCAAUCACAGAUCAUGGUGAUGGGCAGCACAGAGCGGUCAUCAACACUUACCUGGCUUUGGCCUCAACUGUGCUCACCACAGUGGCUAUGUCAAGCCUCUUCCAGAAAACUGGAAAACUAGAUAUGGUUCACGUCCAGAACUCAACACUUGCUGGAGGCGUUGCAGUAGGAACAGCAGCUGAGUUCAUGCUGAUGCCCUACGGAUCUCUUAUCGUUGGCUUCUGCUGUGGUGUUAUCUCCACACUUGGAUACAUAUACAUCAGUCCUUUCCUGGAGAAGUACAUGAAGGUCCAAGACACCUGUGGAGUCCACAAUCUCCAUGCCAUGCCAGGUGUUAUAGGUGGUAUCGUUGGAGCUAUCACCGCUGCAGCUGCGUCAGAGUCUGUUUAUGGACAUGAAGGGUUGGUGAAGACUUUUGACUUCGAAGGGGCUUUUGAGAAGAUGGAGCCCACAACGCAGGGAGGUCACCAGGCCGGAGGCCUCUGUGUGGCUCUCAUCUUCGGUAUAGGAGGAGGCAUGAUAGUCGGAGCCAUCUUGAGAUUACCCAUCUGGGGAGAUCCUGCAGAUGACAACUGCUUUGAUGAUGAGACUUACUGGGAGGUGCCAGAAGACGAGGAGAGUAUCCCACCUGUCCUGCAAUACAACAACCACAUGCGGAACAAAGACAUUGCUGAUACAAAUUUCUCCAUGGAGCCAUAUCCCAGGACCCGAUCUUGAAUGGUUCCUGAAUUGAUUGGCUGUUCCCCAUUUCAUUUUGUUAUUUCUCUAUUGGAGGAAAAAGAUCUAUACAUAGAAGACAAUUUGCUUUAAAAAACAAUAGUAAUGAGAAAUAUUAAAAUUUUUACAGGUUUUAUCUCAAAUUGCCUCAUUUCAAAAGUUUAAUGAUGUGAAGUGUUUUUUGUGUUCUAUCAUAGUGAAACAGUAGUUUUUAGUUGAAAAGAUACAUAUUAGCACCUCAUGUAACACCAAUUUGGGAAUUUAAUCAAGUUAUUCCUGAUUUCUAAGUUUUUCUGCACUUUCCUUUAUUUACAGGCACAUCUUGUUUUUUAUUUGUCAUUUAUUGUUUUUUCUGUUUCUUCGUGUACAUUUCUUACAGAAUUUGAAAAAAGUUUAUUAUGUUCCUGAUUGUAAAAGCCAAAGGAUGUUGCAACUGUUACAAACUAAGUGAUGGUGUGACUUUAAGGGCUUCUUCAUAUUUAGCAUUUAUAUUAUAUUGUCACUUUAUUAAUGCUGUAUAAGACAUAAGUAGGGAAUUUUGUAUCAUACUAAUUUCCUCCAUCUGGAAGCCCUCCUUUUUGUCCAAUACACAAAAUAAAUGUGCCUGAAAUAUUAAUAAUGUUCCACAAGCAUCUUAGUUAAUUAAAUCUAAGCAAAGGGCUAAAGCGUUUGCAAUUGACAAAAUAUUGAUUUUGUCAGCGACAGGUAAAAUGUUUGUGAUACUGUUUGAGAAGUUUCUUAAUGCUAAUUUGAUUUAAUAAUAAAUUAAGAAUUAAUUAUCAAUA